GUAGAUUGGUUACAGCGAGUGUACUUACGCUGGUCAAACAAAAAUUCAAGGCAAAUUGAACCUAUUGAAUAUGGGAUAUUAAAAACCAACUGAAAAAACAUCUCGGAGGAAAGUGAAAAUAUAUGAUACAGAAUGGCAUCCCAAGGCUGUAUUGAUCUCAUCAAAUAUUUCCUAUUCCUUUUCAAUCUCCUUUUUGCUUGUGUGGGCGCCCUCCUUCUGUCACUUGGGAUAUGGAUAGUCCUUGCUGAGACAAGCUUCUUCAUGCCUGCCCCUCCCUAUAUGUCUUUUCCUGUCUUCUCCUAUUUUCUGAUCAUUGGUGGAAGUGCUACGAUGUCGUUGGGCUUCAUUGGGUGUCUGGGUGCAUUGAAGGAGGUGAAAUGCAUGUUAGGAAUGUAUUUCUUCCUGCUCUCCAUCCUUCUUGCUGCUCAGAUUGUGGGAGCGGUUCUGCUCUUCACUCAGAGGACUUCAUUUGAAAGCAAAGUCGAACAGCAUGUCCUUCAUCUCAUUGCAUCAUUUGGCAAGAAUGAGUCCAACUAUCUGAACUUGGAGAAGACUCUGGACUACGUUCAGCAGGAGAUUCAUUGUUGUGGAUGGACAGGACCAAAGAUCUGGGUGGAGGCACCCUGUUCCUGUUACCACGCCAUCAAUAACACCCAGAAUGCCUCCAAUUCUUAUGAAAUGUGUGACUGCAAUGACAUCCGGCCUUUUUCAAAUUACACAGCGUGUGACAUCUAUCAAAAUGGGUGCAGAGAGAGUAUUAGAGAGUGGUUGGACGAGAAUAUGCUCAUUAUUUUUGCCGUGCUACUUGCUGUGAUGGCGGUGGAGUGUCUCCAAUGGGUGUGUCUCCUGGUUCUUUGUUGUAUGAGUUGUACUCCAUGUCCAUGUUGUCGUCCCUCAAAGACUGAAGGCAGGCACUUUCAACUUUCCAGCUAUGUGGUAUGACCCUUUCGAUGUGUCUGUAUAGAUGGACCAGCCUGGAUUACAGCAUGCUGAUGCAAUACUCAUAAAGUAGGACAGAGUGCUGCAUAAACAUCUAUGAAUGAUAUAAUUUGUGUUUCUAUGUUUAUAAAGCGAAAUAAAAAAUAGAUAGUUGCAUUAUUCAUUGUUAAAAUUUGAGUGUACUUAAUUAAUCGAUUGCUAUGAUAUAACUCCUUCAUUCUUGCUCAUUUCUUCAUAACUUUAUUUUUUGUAUUGAUACAUUACAUUGCUGUGUCUACUACUACUAUUUCAUAACCAUAAGUGCUUCAAGACAAGCAAGUACGCACAUUUACUUCGGUUAAUGUCCUUUUCUAGUUUAUAGCUAAAUUCAUCGCAGAUUAUAGAAGCUUCAAAUCAUGCAUCAGUAGUAGUAGUACUGACAGCAGUAGUGAUGGUAGAAGUAGUAAAGGUUUUAAUAGGGUUUUCAUAGGCUAUGUGUUAGCUAUAGUGACCUAUUUUGGGCUGGUUUGUAAGUACUAUAUCAUCAUAAGCCAUAGAAUGUUUAUAAAGCUCUCAAAAUUUGGAACAUUCUGAAUGUUUGUGGCAGUGAUUUCAGUUCAGAAUGUUGAAGAUUGCAUUCCGCCAUUAAAAUGUAUGGCAUACAACAAGCUUUAUAGUUUAUGGAAUAUGAAUGGUAGCAAAAAGCUGUGUUGAAUCAAUUUUAGUUUAAUCAGUCUCCACAUUUCAACGUUGGGUUGGUGUUUGUAGCUUUGAAGCCUAUAGAGAUUUAAACACACUUAAUAUGGUUAUCGUUCAAAAAGUACAAUCGUAUCAAAAAUCAUUUGAAAAACAUAGUAAGUUGAGUUAGUCUGCACAUGUUAACGUUGGGUUGGUGUUAGUAUCUGAAAUGGAUCAAGAGCAGUGUUGAAUCCACAUUUUGCCUUAGAAGUAUUGGGAGCUUUUAUGCUAGUUUAAAAUUGUUAUAUUUCAAAAGUACAAAUAGCAUCACAUUUUUUUUGACAAGCAAUCUCAGUUUAGUCAAUUUGAACAUGCGAACAUUGAUUUGGUGUUUGUAGAUUUAACUGUUCAAGAGAAUUAGCGAAUCGAAAUACUUCCCAUUCAAGCCUAUGGAGCUUUUAUGAACAUUUAAAAUGGUUCUAGUUAAAAAAGUAUCAAUGGUAUCAAAAAGCUAUAUACAAGCACACUAUUUUACACCGGUCUGUACGUUUGAAUGAUGUUUCUAGUGAAGCCCUUUCAUGCAGUCAAAUGACCUAGUGGCUUCAUGGGUGGAAUGUUAUUCAUAUUUUUCAUAAUUUCAUAAUUAAUAAACAUUGUUUUUUUUGAAGAUGCAGAAAAUCCGGUGUUUCUAUGUUAAACAGUUUUGUUAUAUUUCAGUGUUCUGUCAGGUAUAUCAAGUUUAAUAUUAGGAUGCACAUGUUACAAGUGUCUUCUUUUUAUUUAGCCAAUAACCAUGCCUGUGAGGUGUAUACUUUUGUUUCAAAGUAAAGUUGUUUAAGACUACCAAGAAAGACUCUGAUUUAGCCCAUGUUGGGAUUUGUUUCCUUGUCAAUCAUUGGCUCAUUGGUGAAAUUAGCAUUAUGACAAUAUCUUUAAUGAAAUCAUUCAAAACCUUUAUUAAUGCAAUUGCAGACAGAAGUUGACAACAGUAACAUUAUGCAUGUUUCCAAGUAAGUUCUGUAUCAAAGAAAAUGUCCCAUGUUAUUUUAUUAAACCCGAAGUCCAGCCCAA